GAAGCGAACUUGGAGCUGGUCCACCAUGCCCUGAAAGCCAAGUGCUCAGCCAUUGACUUGGACACCCUGGUCGCCCACUUGAUUGAUGAGGUCAUCGUGGACUGCAGUCAGCCUCUGGUGGACGUCACCCAGAAGUCAGCCAGCACACACCUGGACGGGUAUCUCUACCGCUUCCGUACCACCAAUCUCAGGCAGAUAGCCCAGGCAGCCUUGAGGUUAAAGCAGGAAGACUCUGACUUGCAGAUGGUCCUAGAUCAGGCCGAAGACUGGCUCUCCAGGCUGAAAUCCAUGGCGGAGGAGGCGGCGUGCUACCAGCCUACCCAGAGAGAGGAAAAGGAACCCCACAAGUGGGAACGGAGCCCACGGGUCUGUUGUCUGGGGAAUACGAGAGGCCUCUGUCCCCGUCUGCUCUCCCCAGCCUCCAGAUGCAAGGCCCCGCUGUACGGCCAGGGCACCAGCAGUGUGGAAAAGGCGCAAACACAAGCUG